AUGAAUAUGCCCUCGUUAGAUCACAAAGAACACACGUCUCCCCUCUUGCUGGACGACUGUCCCUUCGAUGUCGAAUUUUAUGCGCUGUCGUUCCGAGAUGUCACAUACGAAGUCGUCGAAACCCCUCCUCAUCCGUCAAUCCGUCAUAAUCGCUCGCAAUUUUUAUUUCUAUACAAUGCGUCGGAAAGCAGGUCGACGGGAAAAGUCAAGGCUUCCCAGCUUUGGGGCAAGAACAAGGAGGAGUUGGCCAAGCAGCUCGGUGAGCUCAAGGCUGAACUCGGCCAGCUCCGCAUCCAGAAGGUUGCUUCUUCCGGCUCCAAGCUGAACAAGAUCCACGACCUGCGCAAGUCUAUCGCUCGUGUCUUGACCGUUACCAACGCCACUCAGCGCAACCAGCUCCGUCUUUUCUACAAGAAGAGCAAGUACCUGCCUCUCGACCUCCGCCCCAAGCAGACCCGUGCCAUCCGCCGCCGGUUAUCACCUGAGGACAAGGCCCGUGUUCUGGAGAAGACCAAGAAGCGCAACACUCACUUCCCCCAGCGCAAGUUCGCCAUCAAGUCAAGAACGAAAAGAUGA